ACACUCCCCGGUCGUGUUGACGUUCGCUCAGCUGCAUGUUUUGUUGUUUUGUUGAGGUGUUUUGUUGAGUUGUUGGGGAUGUCUUCGGUCCAGGUCCUGCGGGACUUCAUCAGCGACAGACUGACCGCGGCGGCUCUGGAGAUCUUCUCGGAGUUCGAGAGAACCAUCGUCCAGUACGAGGAGGUGAUCGACCGGCAGCGGAGGCUGCUGGACGUCACGUGGAAGCCCGAGAUCCCGCUGCGGAGAGUCGGUCUCCCAGCGAAUGUCUUCAAAACGGAGAUCCACUCGGACCCGGACCAGGAGAUCCUCAACAGGCUCCAGCAGGAGGAAUCUGAGCCCCCGCCCACUGAGGACGGUCCGGAGGAAACCCCCGCCAGGGUGGACGGCGGGCAGCGUCCACUGAAGCAGGAGUCCGGCGCCUUCGUGGCAAUACCCGGGUACGAGGACGGUCCCGUCGGUGAAACCGGCGGUGGAGAGACCCUCCUCCACAGCUGCCCUGCAACCCAGAACCAGGACCAGGAUUCGGGGUCAAGUGGAAUCGCCCAGCUGUUCCCAGCAAGAGAGAUGGUCUGUGGCGACGUAGGCGACUGUCCGACAUCGGGGGACGCCUACGACCACGGUGAGGAGGAGCGGUCUGGAGGUUUAGAUACUUCUGAAGGAGCCUUUAGCGGCAGGCACCGAAUGAUGGCGCAAGUCCACGCGGAUAAGAAAGCCUGCAUUUGCCACAUUUGUGGGAAGGAAUUGAAGUACCCGUCUCACGUGAGAAGUCACAUGAGAUCCCACACGGGUGAGAAACCGUACUCCUGCAAACUAUGUGGGAGGAGCUUCAGCUUCAGCUGCAACUUGAGGUCCCACGAGAGAUCGCACACGGGCGAGAAGCCGCACUUCUGCCAGCUCUGCGGGACGUCUUUCUCCCGGAAGUGGAACCUCAAGUAUCACAUGAAGACCCACACGGGCCAGAUCCCGAGAUCCGGGAAGUCGCACUCCCGCGACGCCUCCGGCAAAAAGUUCCCGUCUCAGGGGCGGAGCGGGGCGGGGGAGGACCCGUUUGACUGCGACAUGUGCGGGAGGGACUGUGGAGUCCAGAUGAGAACCCUGUCGGGCGAGACGCCGUAGCCCUGGAAUGGGAGGGAGGUCUCCGUCCACUGAAGCCGGUCCACGCGGGCUGAGCUGCAAGGUUCCCUGGGAAAAGCGUCCGGGAAGGUUUUCCCGUGUCGAUCCGUGUCGUAAUUGACGGUGAAGGAAUCGUGGGAAGGCGAAGGAAAGGUUUCACCCAAACGCUCGCUUUGGCUGUCUGUUCUUCUUGAAAAAGCACUCCAGUGGAAAGAAAAAGUUAUUUAAACUGGCUGAUGAAGUUUUUGAUUUAUUUGACACAACAAAUGACUCAUUUUACUCUUUAAAGUGUCUUUAAACUUCUGCAUGUUACUUUGUUCAAGAUCAAAACCUGCUGUGACAGAGGAGUUCACAAGGUGUGUAGUUUUCUGAUUUCCGAUCUUUAAACUGUUGAUGUGUUGCCCGCGACUGAAAUAUAAAGGAGACAAAAGAGCAGAAGGUGCUGAUCAUCUGCUGUUUGGAAAUAAAGGCGUGGAGAUCCGCCCCGAGGGCAGCUUUUCCUCGUCUGAAACACACCUGAACACAGGUAACACACCGCCCCCGUGUGGUCAUAAGUAGUACUGCUGCACCCAGUGGUUUUCUUGUCUGAUUAAAUUAAUUACCUCAUUUAAACUUGUAUUUCUUUAUUUUUUGCUUUCUUUUUUUAAGGAUAAUUAUUUUUCUGUAAGUAAGUGAGGUAUAAAAGCAAACGACUGAUUUCUGAUCAUAACUUCCUCCAAACUGGAAGCCAGAUAACUUAACUCUUCCUUGAUUGAAAAUUUGGCAGAAUUAUCUUGUUUGGUGUUUAUUUGGUCACUACAAAAAAAAAAUCAAUUAAAAUAUUAAGU